GCCCUUCCUAAUGGAUAGUCAUAAAGCAGAACGUCUACGCAUCUUGAUUGCUGGUGCUGGUAUUGGAGGGCUGUCGGCUGCCAUUGCGCUCAGACAGGCUGGCCAUGUCGUGGAGAUAUUCGAAUCGUCCCGAUUUGCCAUUGAACUCGGUGCAGCGAUACAUCUACCUCCAAAUGUGAACGGGCUUUUGCGGCGAAUGGGGAUCCAACCGGAAACCUUUCGGUGCAACGACGCAGAGUUUGUAUCUGUGUUUGACUCUCAAGGUAACUUAGUGAGCUCAAAGGAUGUUCGAAAUAUGCGCGAAACAUACCCAUUCCCCUUACAGCUCAGCCAUCGAAUUGAUCUGCAUGAAGCACUGAAAGGAAAGGCUACCUCUCUCCAAGGCCCUGGCAUUCCUGUUACCAUUCACCUGCGCAGCAAAGUCAUUGACUGCGACCCUGGUUCCGCUUCUUUGACCUUGGCAGAUGGGACUAAGGUCGAGGGAGACCUCGUCAUUGGGGCGGAUGGAGUCCAUUCUGUUCUUCGCAAGGUCAUUGCCCAGGAGGAUAUUGCAGCUGAACCAUCGGGUGGAAGUGCCUUUCGAUUUCUCAUCCCAAUCUCAAAGGUCGAAUCCGACCCAGAGACUGCAGCCCUGGUACAAAGACCAGGGGAACUUCAGUUCUGGGAUGGCCAAUAUCGCCGUCUCGUCAUCUAUCCUUGCCGUAACAACACUGAGCUUAACUUUGUCUGCUUGCAUCCGGAUACUGAGAGCGAUGGAACAACGGAAGGUUGGAACGUUUCCGGAUCUCAGGAGACUUUGCUCAGGGUGUUCGACGAAUUCUCACCCGCCAUGAAAAAGCUCCUUGCGAUGGCUGAUCCUGACUCUAUUAAACUGUGGAGACUGCUGGAUCGCAAAGCUCUUGGCACCUGGAUCAAUGGGAGAAGUUGUCUCCUUGGUGAUGCAGCACAUCCAUUCCUACCACAUCAAGGACAGGGCGGUGCGCAAGCCAUUGAAGAUGGUGUCGCACUGGGAGCUUUGCUUCCACUGGGAACCUCCCGCGACGAAAUUACCGAACGACUUGGGCUAUAUAUGAGAUGUCGAUACGAAAGAGCAACAAUGAUCCAGGACUUCUCCCGUCAAGCGGCAUUCAAAAUAAGCCCAAAGGAUUCCGUGGGUGGCACGUCAACUGAUCCUUUGGAGUUUAUGCGAAUCAACUUCGGACAUGACGCGCACGACUUUGCAUCUAAUAUGCUUCGCAAACACUUAGCGAGCCAGAUACCCAACGCCGGCGCACUCUGUGCCAUGUUUGGCUCAUCAACAUCCAUGAUACGAUUCUAUGGCACCGCUGGAAUCCUUGGGCAUCCCUCGCAAAGACUACUUGAGUUCCAAUUUAGAGCUCGCCGGAACUAUUUAGAAACAUUCCUUCCAUGUAUAGAUUCCCGUAUUGACUCUCCUGGCGGUUGGAGCAACGCUUCGUGGGUUAUUCGACGCAUUCAACCCGAGGAGUGGCAGGGACGCGGUGCAGUCACCAUUUUGGGCCUUUGCAUCUUCAACGCACUUCUUGCACCCGAUGAACCCAAGGAAUUUAACCCGGUCACCUUCUGUGAUAAUCCCGAAUUUGUGACUGCAGCACGCCAGGAGCAGAAUCUUCCCAUCCUACUUGCGGACCUGAACGAGAGUGUAAUUGGCAGUAAGUAUCGGAUGGAUGCUAGCGGAUCGGGUGUGAAUUUCAUGGGGAUUGGAACAAAUCUUUCCUCUGGUCAUCUGAACGGCGUGUUUGGCAAGGAAGGCCAUCAGAAGGCGUGGGUUUCUGUGACUCCAUUGAACUCCGACGCUUUGGAAGCCAUAUUUCCUGGGAUGGCGAAUAUCAUUCAGCGCCUACAGGGUCUCGAUAUGCACGACCUAGCGAUGACCAGAUCUCAGAUGUAG